GCCUGAGAACUUGGAGAAGAAGGCUGACCCCGCGGAAGAGGAGGCUGUGAUUGCCACGCCCUCGGCUUCGAGCACAUCGCCAGCCGAAGCAUCCAGGCCCCAGACCGUGUCGGCGGAGCACGCCGACCGAGAUGCCGAGGAGGCGCCACAGUCGCCUGCUGUAGAGCCGCCGACAGCAGCUGCGUCACAGGAGGCUGGUGAGUUGCUAUAA